AUGACCAAAAAUAUAUCAUAAACUGUUUUAAAGAAUUAUUUUGAAGGUUAAAAUUAUCAGGAAUAUUUUUUGAUUCUUCCAAAUGAUAAAAGAAUAUCAGGAAUAAUAACCAUUUGCCUAACGCAUAGUUGUUUGGAAACCAAAAUGUUCUGUUCAAAAGAUUUGAUCAAUGGUUAAAUUGCAUAAAUACCAAAUAACGAAUUAUAAAAGAAUUAAGAUGUGACUCAAAAAUAGCAAAGGCAAUCAGCAUUGAAUUGA